GGACCUUCAACGGAGGUGUUCUUAUCGGUGAGCGGGGUCAGCCAAUCGGCAGGCCUAGUGGGGGUUCUAUCCUGGGCGGUGACUGGCGGCAGAAGCUUAUCGCAUUUUUUCUACACCAAAUUUCUAAACUUUUUAUGCCCGAUAACCCUCCAAGUACAAUUCAAGUACAAUUCAUAUACAAUUGCCAGGCACAGCAAGUUGAAAAUGGCCAAUCACAUUACAAAACCGAAGAAGGCCAAGUCCAAGCGGACUCCCGUCCGUCUACGGCAUAAGAUUGAGAAGGCCUCAGCCGCAAAGCAACGCAAAGCCAGAAAAGAAGCAAAGAAGAACCCCCAAUGGACGUCCAAGCUGAAGAAGGACCCGGGUAUUCCCAACCUAUUCCCCUACAAGGAAAAGAUCCUACACGAGAUUGAAGAAGGUCGACGGAGGAAACAAGAGGAACAGCAACGCCGGAAAGAGCUGGCGAAGGCUGCGAAGACCGGUUCUACGAACGAAGCCGAGAAGGACGAGGAUGCUAUGGACGGUGCUGAGGAUGGAGACUUCGAUGGAUUUUCCGAAGAUCAUGAUGAUGCGAUGGACGAGGAUAAUGUGGAUGAUUCCUCAAAUCCCAUGGCAGCACUUAUUGCGAGCGCCAGAGCUGCCGCUGAGAAGUAUGAUCGCGAACUCCAAAGCGGAGACGAUAUGGACGAAGACGAGUCAUCGGAUGACGAUUUAGAAGAUGGAAGCGCUGAACUGCGCGCCCAAUCCUCGUCGCGCAAAGCCCACGACAAAGUCUUCAAGCAAGUCGUAGACCAAGCAGAUGUCGUUCUCUACGUUCUAGACGCCAGAGACCCCGAAGGAACGAGGUCAAGAGAAGUCGAGCGUAUGGUGAUGGCCGCGGCGAGCGGUGGAAAGAGGUUAAUACUCAUCCUCAACAAAAUCGACUUAGUUCCGCCGCAUGUCCUCAAGGACUGGCUCACGUACCUACGGAGAUAUUUCCCUACUCUUCCACUACGCGCUUCUGGCUCCGCACCCAAUGCGCAGACCUUCAAUCACCGCGAUCUCACCGUCCAAAGCACCUCAUCUACGCUCUUCAAGUCCCUAAAAUCCUUCGCCGCUACUAAGCAGCUCAAGCGCGCCGUCUCAGUCGGUGUUAUCGGCUACCCUAACGUCGGCAAGUCUUCCGUCAUCAAUGCGCUACUCUCGCGACUUGGUGGCGGUCGCAGCGCAGCUGCUUGCCCCGCGGGCGCCGAAGCGGGUGUAACAACAAGCAUCCGCGCGGUUAAGAUCGAUAGCAAGCUCACGCUUCUCGAUUCCCCUGGAAUCGUAUUCCCUUCUGCGUCUGCGCCGACAGGCGAGGCUCCGUCGAAGAAGAGCGCCGUAGAGGCGCACGCUCACCUGGUUCUGCUCAACGCCAUCCCGCCAAAGCAGAUUGACGACCCGAUACCGGCUGUCGCGCUGCUGCUUAGGAGACUAGCGGCGUCGCCGGAACUUCUCCAGAAACUUAUGGAUGUGUAUGACAUCCCUCCACUUAUGACAUCUGCGGAUGGGGAUGCUACGACGGAUUUCCUAGUCCAGGUCGCGCGGAAGCGUGGACGGCUUGGGCGCGGCGGAGUGCCGAAUCUGACGGCGGCUGCUAUGACGGUUGUGACGGACUGGCGUGAUGGGCGUAUACAGGGAUGGGUCGAUGCGCCGGUGUUGCCGGUCGCGACGGAGAUCUCGGCUACAGCGGGGUCGGCGAGCGCGCCGACGGCUAUGCCCGAUCAGAAGGAGAUUGUUACGGAGUGGGCGAAGGAGUUUAAGCUCGAGGGGUUAUGGGGCGAUGACGGGGAGAAGGAUGGAGAUAAGAUGGAGCAGUGAGAGAGUUCUUCGUUCACGAUGAAGUUAAUGUCUUAGACGAAGGAAGAGGCUGGAGAGGAAUAUGUGAUACCGAAUCGAGAAUAGGGUUGAGUUGAGGAGGGUGUGGGUGCGAAUGCGCCGCACAACUUACUUAGCCUGAUUUGACUUAUGUUCAGGACCGGAGUUAGGGACUGGGAAAAUAGGUUGCGUUUCGAGACGUUGCUUUGAUGGUCUUGAUCUGGUCUUUGUUGAUUGGUAGAUAUGAGAUGAGAUGAGAUAAGUAUGAUGAGGCGAAGUGGAGUGGAGUGGAGUGAAUAUACCAAGUCUCGCGUAUAAUAGUGGUGUUUGGAGGUUUGGGGCAGUGAAGUAGAUGUUCUUUAAACUUUGGAGGUACCACGAGGUGAAGUAAGGAGCAUAGAAAUCACUUUGUUGUUUCACAAAGCGCUUUGAACUUAACUAUGGGACAUAGUAUACAUUAACUACCUAUCUAGGUACCUAG